CGGCAACUUACAAACCAUGUAAAGUUAUGUUCCUCUUUGAUAGACCCGUCCACGCGAAUAGAAUGUCGGUCAAGGUUUAUUGACUUGUACUUCAAACGAUCUAAUGGUAGGCAUAGAAUGGUCAUUUGGGAAGACCACAAUAGAUGUUGUUGAAAGUGCAUGGGUUGUUUCGUGAGUAUUCAGCGGUCGUAAAGGAUAGCAGUACCAGCAUGAUCAAACAUAUCCCUAUUGUUAACAAGGUUCGUAUAGUCCUCUUAGUUCUCGGAAACACAAACGAAAAAGGUAUCAGAAUUAGCACUCGAUUCCCGCUGUUGGCUUUUCGACUCAGCAUUACCAACAUCAACAAGAGAUCACUGGAAGAGACAACUGUGCCUACUACAAAUAGCAAAUUCGUGUCUCUUGGGCCGUAUGGUUUUGUUCGCGCUACGCGUGGUGCUGAUAUGUCCAGUUUCAUCGUCAACAAUUUCGCGCAUUUCCUAGCUGCAGCAGGUGCCGCAGCUAUCGUUUGGCAGACUGUGGAUGUAGGAAAAAGGGCAAUUGCCUCCUAGGCGUUUCGGACAGACUUCUAUCCUGUCGUCUGGGUGUGUCUCGCCGUGACCCGCCACCUCCAAGCUGUUGUCUUCAUACGUCUGAGCCUUCGGCUCUCUAAGAAAAACGUAUCGCGAUCGCCCAGCGCAAGAUCUUCAAUUGUAAGCUCUGGCUUAACAGGCUGAAUGCUUACAGAGGGUUUGCGCGCUGG